GGAGAUGUUCUAAUAUAAUACUGCGCGGAGAUGUCAAGUACUGCUUUGUUGCACAAAACUACAUAUUUCGACCGGAUUGUCGAUUUAUAAUGGUAUAAACAGUCUUAUUUGCGUUGACAAAUGCGUCGUUUUGAAGCACAAGAGAACAAAGUGUGUAUAAUAAGAAUAAGGAGUAAGGACAGAACACAGAACAAUAUGCGGAUAUGCGCAAGCGCGAUCUAAAAGUAUAUACCUAUAUCUCAUAUAUAUCUAUAUAGAUAUAGAUCCUAUAUAUGUGAAAGAGAAAGAGAGAAACAGGCAAAACAUAGCUAUCUCCAUCUCUUUUUAGAUUAGGUAAAUACAUAUAUAUGAAGGUGCAUUUACAAUAGUGGCGUAAAUGCAGUCUUCCACGCCUGGUCUGCGUUAAUUUACGAAUUUGUAAAGAUGCACUAGACUAUUAGAACAGCUCUACGUAAUUGAUGGACGUGGAUACGUAUGAAAUACUGUUCAUAUAAGUAGCUAGAAUCGCCUUCAAGAAUCACAUUUCUUGUACAUACAUACAAACAUAACCGUACUCGGACAAGGCUUUUCUAAUAAUCAAAAACAAAAGUGAACAAUGGUGCUUUUUAGUUGAAAUUCGAAGACAAUCGAAAAAAAAACACCAUCAACAAUGAAUCUCUAUUGGAUAAUCUGCCUACUGGCAGCACAGAUCAUUAGUGUACUCUCGUUUCAGAUUCCAGAGAGCUUUGGCAAAACAGGUCAUUCAAAUAACUGGGCAGUACUAGUGGAUACUUCAAGAUUUUGGUUCAACUAUAGACAUGUAGCAAAUGUCUUGUCAAUUUACAGAAGUGUCAAGCGACUUGGUAUACCUGAUUCUCAGAUAAUUUUGAUGAUUGCUGAUGAUAUGGCAUGUAAUCCUAGAAACCCAAGGCCUGCAACAGUAUUUAAUAAUAUUAAACAACACAUAAACGUUUAUGGUGAUGAUGUGGAAGUAGAUUACAGAGGUUAUGAAGUGACCGUUGAAAAUUUUGUCAGGCUUCUUACAGGUCGAUUAGCACCAGAAACACCCAGAUCAAAAAAGCUGUUGACAGAUGAAGGAUCAAAUAUUCUUAUUUAUUUGACUGGUCAUGGAGGUAACGGUUUCCUCAAAUUUCAAGACUCUGAAGAAAUAACUAGUCAAGAACUGAGCGAUGCAUUGGAGCAAAUGUGGCAAAAAAGGCGUUAUCACGAAAUUUUGUUUAUUGUUGAUACAUGUCAAGCUAGUUCCAUGUAUGAGAAGUUUUACUCACCAAAUAUUCUAGCAGUGGCAUCUAGUCUUGUUGGAGAAGAUUCACUUUCUCAUCAUGUUGAUCCUGCCAUUGGAGUUUACAUAAUAGAUCGUUAUACCUAUUAUGCAUUAGAAUUCCUCGAGACUGUUGAACCUUCCAGUACUAAAACAUUGAGUGAAUUUUUGAAAGUGUGUCCGAAGCAUUACUGCCUUUCAACAGUGGGAGUACGAGAAGACUUGUUCAGAAGAGAUCCAAAAACUGUUCCAGUAACAGAUUUCUUUGGGUCAUUGAGACCAGUUGAACUUACUACUAAUAUUAUAGAAAUAGAAGACUUUUCAUUAGGUAACCAAACUGUCUCAAAGGAUGACCCAGGAAAAAAAUACAGACUUGUUCCACAAUUUCCAAGUGGUGCUCAGUACAGUUAGUGUGUAAAAAACAUUUAAAAAGCUGCUAACUUAUAAAUUAUAACUAAAAGAUAACAAAGUUAUAUUGAUAUACUUUGUUAUUUUUUAUAUAUAUUUUAUUUCAUUUAAAGUUAUAUUUUGUAAAUCUGUGAUUUGCUAAACUUUUUUCAUUAAAUGAUAAACCAAUCGUGAUGCGUGUUUUGUAAAUAAAUAGUCAUAUCCGAAUCAGUGAAGCCAUUAGCAAUAAAUAGUUUAUACAUAAUAUAUUUCAAUAAUCAAAAUUUUUACAUAUGUACUUUGUGUAAAUUAUGAACACAAUGUAUGAAUUGCGAUUUAUACAUCAACAUACUUUGUAUAAACUUGGUAUUUAACAUAA